CUGGCCUGUGCACAUCCUGCCUCUCUCCCAGCCUCUGCCUGCCACCUGGGCUGCCUGCCCUGGGCCUCAGCCUGCGUCCUCUUCCAUCACGGGGCUGGCGAGAGCCAGGCUGGAAAUCGUGGCCCACCCAUCCAUCACUGGGCAGGGCUCCUUCCUCAUUUCGCUGCUGAUUCUAGCCCCAAACAAAACAGGUUGAGCCUUUUUCCUCCCUCCGGCAGUUGCCUCUGGCUUGUGGCUGCCUUCUGAGCGUUUCAGACGGCGCCGACUGGAAGUGGGAGGGAGAGCUUGGGCUAGCCGCGCUAGAACUGGGACUUGCUCCUGGCUCCUGGCCCGCAUUCAGCCCUGUUUGAAGCAGGAGUGCUAGCAUUUGACACAACAGAGGAGACGAUGACCGCCCAGCUGCAGUUCCGCGAUGCCUUCUGGUGCAGGGACUUCACGGCCCACACAGGGUAUGAGGUACUCCUGCAGAGGCUGCUGGACGGCAGGAAGAUGUGCAAGGAUGUGGAGGAGCUGCUCAGACAGAGGGCCCAGGCGGAGGAGAGGUACGGGAAGGAGCUGGUGCAGAUUGCGCGCAAAGCUGGUGGCCAGACAGAGAUGAAUUCCCUGAGGACCUCCUUUGACUCUCUGAAGCAGCAAACAGAGAAUGUGGGCAGUGCACACAUCCAGCUGGCCCUGGCCCUGCGUGAGGAGCUGCGGAGCCUGGAGGAGUUCCGAGAGAGACAGAAAGAACAGCGGAAGAAGUAUGAGGCCGUCAUGGACCGUGUCCAGAAGAGCAAGCUGUCGCUCUACAAGAAGACCAUGGAGUCCAAGAAGUCAUAUGACCAGAAGUGCAGGGACGCAGAUGACGCUGAGCAGGCCUUCGAGCGAGUGAGUGCCAGUGGUCACCAAAAGCAAAUAGAAAAGAGCCAGACCAAAGCCAAGCAGUGCAAGGAGUCGGCCACAGAGGCAGAGCGAGUGUACAGGCAAAAUAUCGAACAACUGGAGAAAGCAAGGACCGAAUGGGAACAGGAACACCGGACCACCUGUGAGGCCUUCCAGCUGCAGGAGUUUGACCGGCUAACCAUCCUCCGCAAUGCCCUGUGGGUGCACUGUAACCAGCUCUCCAUGCAGUGUGUCAAGGAUGACGAGCUCUAUGAGGAAGUCCGGCUGACACUUGAGGGCUGUGAUGUGGAAGGUGACAUCAAUGGCUUCAUCCAGUCCAAGAGCACUGGCAGAGAGCCCCCAGCUCCCGUGCCUUAUCAGAACUACUACGACCGGGAGGUCACCCCACUGACUGGCAGCCCUAUCGUCCAGACCUCCUGUGGUGUGAUAAAGAGGUUCUCUGGGCUGCUACAUGGAAGUCCCAAGACCACACCUUCUCAAGCUCCUGCCGCUUCCACAGAGGCUCUGGCUCCCGCCUCUGAGCAGAAAGAAUUGGUCUAUGCAUCCAUUGAAGUGCAGGCAACCCAGGGGAACCUUAACUCAGCAGCCCAGGACUACCGGGCGCUCUACGACUACACGGCACAGAAUUCUGAUGAGCUGGACAUUUCUGCGGGAGACAUCCUGGCAGUCAUCCUGGAAGGGGAGGAUGGCUGGUGGACUGUGGAACGAAAUGGACGACGUGGCUUUGUCCCUGGGUCAUACUUGGAGAAGCUCUGAGGAAAGACCAGCGGUCCCCACAUACCUCUGCCCUGACUGUGAGGUCAAGGACUGUUCCCAUCACCGCCCCAGCCUCUCGGGGUCAGAACCAUGGCUGGCCGUGAUGGGGAUGGGAUGGUUGCUGGCUACUCUCAAUAAACUUCUCCCAGGAGUAAA